ACUGACACAGACACACACACAAAUAAACACAGACACACACACACAUUAACACAGAUACACACUGUGCUGCAGGUACCAGUUUGAAAAACGACUCAUUCAGUAAAGGCUUCUGUAUGAAGGUAAGACAGACACACACAAAGACACUUUUUUUUACGUUGAACAGGAAAAGAUUUACAGACCAUCAAAUCGGUGUGUGCCACUUUUAAAAAUUAGGAUUUUUUUUUUCAUUUGAACCUGGAAAUAGUUGAUUUUAAUUGUGAAUUUUUGUUGAAAGUAAUCGUGUCUGCAUGUGAAAGGAAGAAGAAUUUGAGAUUUCCAAUCAAAUUACAAACAUCAGUCAAUGUUAGAUUUUUAGCUACUUUUAAAACACAUGAAAUGAUGGAUGUGACUUCUUUAGGUUUUGAUCAGUGUGAAAUGUUUCCACCAAUCUGUUUUUAUUCUUCUGAUGUCAUUUGUUUUUAUAAAUAGUGUCCCUGUCUGUGAAUACUCAGCUAAAGUCAUUUUUUGUGAUUUGCUGUUAUCUUCAUAAAAUGUUCCUACAUAAAGUAAAGAACAUUUAGUGAAAAUAUCAUCUUAAUAUCUUAAAUAUUGUCAAAGAUUAAAAUCAAUGUUUAGGAAGCCGUGGCUGUGAGAUCUUUAAUGCUCUUAUAAACUCAUAAUUAUAGUAAAGACUUUAUAGCCCAUUCAUAACUCUUGGCUUGCUAUCAAUCAAUGACAUUUAUUUUAUUUGUAUAGGACUUAAUGAUGGUCUAGAGACAUUUUAAAGUCCGAUACUAACAUUAUGGAACUAACUAACUAGUCACUGGAUUUAAAUCCUUUGAAAUAUUUGGUUUCGUUUAAAGCACUUAAUUGUAAGGCCGUGUAAAUGUUAAUACUGUUUUCUGGAUUCUGUACAUGAGGUAAAAAGUUUAUUUUUAAUUUCUACACCAAUUUCUUUUAAUUCAUUUAUUCCCUUCAAUUUUGGGGUCAACAGCUCACGAGAGUCUUCUGAAGCCAAAGACAGCAGCGGUUUGACCAGGGAAAGUUUUUUCUUGAACUGUGAAACUCGACGUGUGUUCAGGUUAGAUGUUCGGUAACACAAUCUCUCAUUUGCAUUAAAGUUUCAUUCUCUAAAUUUGUAGGAAGUUUAAUAAUUGAUUUGGCUGGAAGAGCGUCAAGCUUCAGAUAAACGAGUUAUUAGUGUUUUUCUGAACGAAGCAGCUGUAAGGUCAAACACGUCCAGCAUCAUCUAGAUUAGCGCUCAGAAGAUGAGAUGAAUAACACAAUAAUAAGAAAAGAUGAGAUGAAUAACACAAUAAUAAGAAAAGAUGAGAUGAAUAACACAUCAUCAUAAUACUUUUUAAGAUGUCACAGCGUUACACCUGCACGUGGAUUCGUCACAUAACCGGCAAGGCGGCGGGUAAGGGGCGGUGCUACCACGGGCUGUCAAUCACACGCAGUGUCCAGGACAACCUGUUCUGUGCAGUGAAUCCACGUUUCAUUGCACUGGUGACAGAGUGUACGGGGGGCGGGGCCUUCAUUGUCAUUUCUGUCCAUCAAACGGGCCGCGUGAGCCCCCUUCAUGCACGCGUGUGCGGUCACAGCGCUCGUGUUCUGGACGUGAAGUGGGACCCGUUUAACGAUCGGCGCAUCGCAUCCUGUUCAGAAGACUGUACGGUUAAGGUGUGGGAUAUUCCUCAGAAUGGACUGAAGGAUGACGUCACGCAACCUUCUAAAGAUCUGCUCGCUCACAGCCGCAGGGUGGCGAUUAUUGAGUGGCAUCCCACUGCCAGAGACCUGCUGCUAAGCUCCGCCUAUGACUGCAAAGUGUUGGUGUGGCGUUUAGACACAGCUGCUGUUGUGAUUCAGAUGCCAGUCUGUGUAAUAAACACACACACACAACUCGUACUGUCUUUGACUUUUAAUCACGAUGGAAGUUUAUUAGCCACAACCUGCAAAGACCAAAAAAUCAGAAUCAUCGAACCGCGAACUGGUCGAGUGCUGCAGGAGUCCAGCAGCACUUCUCAUAAAGCUCAUAAGAUCUUGUUCCUGUGGAAUCUGAACAUGCUGUUGACCACAGGAAACUCAUCCUGGAACCAGAGACAGUUUGCCUUGUGGGACCUGGAAGAUUUGUCUGAGCCGGUACUGGAGGAGGAUUUUGAUGGAGGUUCAGGCGUUGUUUUCCCUUUUUAUGAUCCCGACACACAGCUGCUGUUUCUGGCUGGGAAGGGUGAUGGCAACAUCCGUUAUUAUGAGGUCAGUGCCAUCAAACCUUACAUGCACUUCCUGGCUGAAUAUCGCUCUCAAUUUCCACAGAGAGGCUUAGGUGUUAUGCCCAAGCGUGGGUUGAACAUCAACAUCUGUGAGGUGUUCAGGUUCUAUCGGCUGGUGGGCGUCAGAGAUCUGGUGGAGCCGUUGAGCUUCUGUGUACCACGCAAGCAGUCUGGGGUUUUUCAUGAGGAUAUUUAUCCUCUGACAGCAGCCAAUGAGCCGGCAUUGACCGCACACGAGUGGCUGAUGGGGCAGAAUAAAGGCCCUUUGCUCGUGUCUUUGAGACCCAAAUCUAAAGAGGUCCAGACGCACAUCAUCCAACCACCUGACGCAGGGCAACAGAACCCAAAAUGCGAGGUCAUCGUAGACGAGCGUGACUGGACGGAGGACGACACUCAAAGCCACGACUGGAUCUCCGCUCGCACGCUCUCAGAUGUGGACUGGACUGAGGCCACGUUUCAUCUUCCUCCUGAACCAGAGACAGAGGUUUCACAGCGACAAGAGGAGGAAAUACAACAUCUACAGGAGAAACUCGAGCAGAAAGAAUGCCGAAUAAAACAACUGGAGCUUAAGAUCACGCGCCACCAAACCAGAGCCUCUUUCUGAUGACAGCCAAUCACUGUAGAGAUGCUGCAGCCAGUCAGAGACAAGAAUAUAGUGAACAAUAAUGUGUAACACUCUGAAAUGUUAAGAAACUUUUGUGAAUGUAUAUACAUACACAUACACUAUAGGAAGGCAUCAUUGUUGACUCUACGUUAGGUUGGUCUUUGAGAGAAAAGCAGAGAGUUGGGUAAAUACGACACUUUCUGGAGUCUCUGAAGUCAAACUGGUCUGUAGUUGCUAAUAUCUUUCUGAGGGGUCUAGUGUUAGUUUUUGAGUGAGCUUGAAUGAGACGGGGACGAUGAUCCUGUAGUGAUGGAUGUGUACGAGGGGAUAAAGUCAAGAGGCCUCAGUCUCUCUAAGAGAAACAGCAGAUCAGAUAGUUAUGGGUGGCAUGGAGAAAGUGAGAUGAAUGAUGGCUGCUGUGAGCGAAGAAGAGACAAGAUGUGGCUGAUGUUUGAAGUGGUGUUAAUCUUGUUUUUAAAGAAAGGGCAUACUUACAUUAGGUACGAUUGCCUUGACCCGAGCGUGAUCGUCCCCCACAGGCUUGCACUCACACUAGAUUUUUUUUGUUUCUGACCCAAGCAUGCCUUGGUUGUUAGGACUGUUUUAAAGGAAACAUGAAGUAAAGCGAUGUACAGUAAUGUGAAGUUUGUUUGGGACGGAGACAGCCCUCUCACAUAUUACUUGGUCAAUCUCUGGCUUCUUCCGUUUUUUCACGUAGUCGUGGAGCGCACAUAAGAAGGCUUUUCAUGGAUCGCACAACUGAUGCCUCACCUUCUGAUCUUUACGCUCCGGCGUGGUCUGUGCUCACACUGCGCUCGCUGACCUGGAGGUGAAAGGUCAGACAUCAUCAAGACAGGGUGUUAAAAAGAGGUUGUGGUGGAUGAAGUUGAAGGUGGAUUUAAGUCUCAGUCGAUGCUAUAACAGUGUUUGUGCUGGAUAGAGAAGUUAAUGCUUCGUUGAUUAUCUACAGAAUCGUUGAGUUUUGACCGGCAUGAAGUGAUGCAUUCAUCAUAGAAGCCAUAGCUGCUAGUUAAACUCAGUUCAAAUAGAUCAAAUGAAAGGAGAAAUAUUGUUUUAUGUAAAAAUAUUCUUAUUCUUCAUAUGAUGAAUAAAUAUAUAGGGUCUAAUACUAUAAUGAUUAGAAACGUUAAAUAUAUUAAACAAUAAAGUCUUUUUCUUUGUCAAGAGUGGAGAAAAAGAUGACAGCAAGAGAUGAUGUCUACGAACAGAGACUACAAAAGACCAUCAUGAAUUUAAUGCAUUAUUAAUGUCAUAUUUACUCAAUUGAAGUGAACAAAUGUAACUUUCUUUAAUCAUUUAAUUAUUAAAAUGCUUUUGAGACAGAAAAA